CUGGAAGGAUUUCAAAGCUGAAGCGGCACUGUGGUUUGGAUCAGUGUGUCUUAGCUGGUGAACCAAAUCCUGAUUCUGAGACGAGCGUAAAAUGACUUUUCAAGGACGACUCCAUCUGUGUUGCAAUCUCCUCUUUUGUCUUCUCCUGGGUUGUGCGUCUGCAGAUCACAUCAUAGCCACGGUGGGAGAAGACGUGACUCUGAUAUGCAACUAUGAUGCUGAGCAGUACGGCAAGCUUUCCGCAUGCUGGGGACGGGGAGCCGUCCCCAGGAGGGGAUGUGCCAACGAGGUGAUCCGGUCCGACGGGACAUCAGUAACCGGCAGGCUGUCGGAGCGUUACGAGCUCAAGGGGGAUGUUGGUGUGGGAGACGUGUCGCUGACCAUCAGGCAGGUGGAGGAGGGCGACUCCGGGACGUAUGGAUGCCGUGUGGAGAUACCGGGCUGGUUCAACGAUCACAAGCACCAGCUGACUCUCACGGUGGUGGCAGUUCGCCCUAACGCCCUGAAGGUGGAGACGAGAGAGGUGAAGGAGAGAACUGUCACUGUUGGCUGGACCCCCGUGUUUGAUGGCGGCAAGCCGAUCACAGCCUACAGGAUUGAUCUAAAAAACAAACAAGCAUCCUGGGAUACCGCAGUCAGUACCGAAGUCGCAAAUCCGGAACUGACUCAGCUGACUUUGGCUGAUUUGCGUCCGGCCGAGCAGUACAACCUUCGCAUGUUCGCCAUCAACAGCGUGGGCAUGAGCGAGGCCAGCAACGUUCUGACCGUCACAACUAAAGAAGCCGCGCCAGCGUCUCCUCCCCUGGACAUGCAGCUGAAGGGCCUCACUCCUCACAGCAUCCAGGUCACUUGGAAGCCACCGAGGCUCGAUCACAGAAACGGAGUUCUUCGGAGUUACAGCGUGAGCUACAGGGAGUACGACGCCGCCGGCCGGCACUUCAAAAGGUGGCAGCACUCAAGUGUGGCGGCCACGCGGGACGUGGAGAGCGUCGUCCUGAGCAACCUGAGGCCUUCUACCGCGUACGGCGUGAUUGUACAGGCCAAAAACAAUGCAGGAGUAGGACCCGCAUCGACGGCACCGCUCUGCUCCACUCUGGAUGAAGUCAAAACGUCGACAGCUUCAACUAUCAAAUCGUCUUCCUCUGCGGCCACAAUCUGGAUGCAGGAGACUACGCGUUCCACCUCAGGUCACAUAACUUCAACAACUGAGACUGUAACUGCUGCCACUGGUGGGAGAGAAAGUACCGCAGGAACCUCGUCAGUGCUCCCGGAUCCCCCAGUGAUCUACUUAACGGAGGUCAAAGACAACACGAUUUCCCUCUUCUGGAUUCCCGGCUUUGGGGGCGACACCGACAUCACCGGCUAUUACCUGGAGUGUAAAGCAGUGAACGCCUCGUGGGAUAACACAAAGAUGGUUGUUGAGUUUAGUGCCAACCAGACAGAGGCCACAGUAAUAGAGAUGUAUCCCUCAACAUACAACAUCCGCAUGUUUGCCCAGAACAGUCUGGGCACCAGUAAAGCCAGCAAUAUCCUCACCAUCACCACCAGAGAAGCAGGUCAUGGGAGAGAUGAUCUCCUCACCACCGUAUCUACGGACACUCAUGCUGCUGCAAGUGUGGAGGAGAGUAGAAGUCAUCACCUAGCAGCCACCGUGGUGCCAUUGGUGCUGGUGGUGACGGCUGUUGCCAUAGUAGCCAUGUGGCAGCUGCGGCGAAUAAAAAAGAAAAAAGGCAGCCUGAGCAUGUGGCUGACCAACGAAGCUCUACGUCACAGAGGCGCAGAGUCACUACAAGAGCUGUAAAACUUGUUGCCCACUAUUUAGCCUACAUGUCAAACAUGCAGAGGCCUUUUUUUCAAAAUUUUCAAAAUGAGGUUAUAAAUGUUUACAUUUUAUGUCAUUAAGAGAAAAAAAACGUGUGUUGUGUUGAUCAAACUAAUCGUUUUUUUCUCUAAACUCUCGAUACCAGAAAUGAAGUUAGUCUGGUUGUUUCUUCUCUUUCUAACAAUAUGUAUCAGUUUAUGCUCUACUAACCUUCAAAAAGUCAUUCUACUUUAGGCUCUAGUAACAAAUGUCCAAAGUGUUUGUUAAGCAAAAUUCUAUUUAGUGUGAUGUAAAAAAAAUGAAUAUGUAUAUCAGCAACAAAUGUACCAAAUGCGGCUUUAGAAAAAAGUUUAACCACAGAUGCUUGCUUCGUGAAAAUAAGCUAAUGAAUUUAAGAUGACAUUGUUGAAAAAUCAAGUUCCAUUAAAAAGAAUUUCUCUACCCUU